UCUCUCUCUCUCUCUCUCCCUUUUUUAAACUGAAAGAGGAUGCACAGGAGGCGAAAUUGAACAUUUUUUUGUUGGCUUUUGUUUACCUGGCGUGUGUGGCAACCGGCUCGCUCCCUCUCUCUGCUUGCUAUCCCUGACCUUUCUUUCUUUUUGCUCCUUUUCAAAAAAAUAUUAAUUUCCCCCUUCUGUGCAAUGGAGCGUGGAGGGGGGGGGAGGGGGAAGGGUUUGAGAAUCCACCCAAGCCCGGCCCCUAUUCCCCAGAACACCAAUAAUAACCCCCUUUAAAACAUUUACCUUCCUCCCCUGCUCCUCCCCCUCCCCCCUCCCCCCACCCGCCCCCAACUCACAACUCUGUUGAGUCCAGAAGCUCAGAAUCGGGCGUUGGGCUUUGCCGGGUGCUUCAGAUCAAUGGAUGAGUUCCACCCGUUCAUCGAGGCGCUGCUGCCUCACGUCCGCGCCUUCUCCUACACCUGGUUCAACCUGCAGGCGCGGAAGCGCAAGUACUUCAAGAAGCACGAGAAGCGGAUGUCGAAGGACGAGGAGCGGGCGGUGAAGGACGAGCUGCUGGGCGAGAAGCCCGAGAUCAAGCAGAAGUGGGCAUCCCGGCUGCUGGCCAAGCUGCGCAAAGACAUCCGGCCCGAGUUCCGAGAGGACUUUGUGCUGACCAUCACCGGCAAGAAGCCCCCCUGCUGCGUGCUCUCCAACCCCGACCAGAAGGGCAAGAUCCGGCGGAUUGACUGCCUGCGCCAGGCCGACAAGGUGUGGCGGCUGGACCUGGUCAUGGUGAUUUUGUUUAAGGGGAUCCCCCUGGAAAGUACUGACGGGGAGCGGCUCUACAAGUCGCCCCAGUGCUCGAACCCCGGCCUCUGCGUCCAGCCACAUCACAUUGGAGUCACAAUCAAAGAACUGGAUCUUUAUCUGGCUUACUUUGUCCACACUCCAGAAUCCGGACAAUCAGAUAGUUCAAACCAGCAAGGAGAUGCGGACAUCAAACCACUGCCCAACGGGCACUUAAGUUUCCAGGACUGUUUUGUGACUUCCGGGGUCUGGAAUGUGACAGAGCUGGUGAGAGUAUCACAGACUCCUGUUGCGACAGCAUCAGGGCCCAACUUCUCACUGGCAGACCUGGAGAGUCCCAGCUACUACAACAUAAACCAGGUGACCCUGGGGCGGCGGUCCAUCACCUCCCCUCCUUCCACCAGCACCACCAAGCGCCCCAAGUCCAUCGAUGACAGUGAGAUGGAGAGCCCUGUCGAUGAUGUCUUCUAUCCUGGUACAGGCCGCUCCCCAGCAGCCGGCAGCAGCCAGUCCAGUGGCUGGCCCAACGAUGUGGACGCAGGCCCGGCUUCUCUAAAGAAGUCAGGAAAGCUGGACUUCUGCAGUGCCCUCUCCUCUCAGGGCAGCUCCCCGCGCAUGGCUUUCACUCACCACCCGCUGCCUGUGCUUGCUGGAGUCAGACCAGGGAGCCCCCGGGCCACGGCGUCGGCACUGCACUUCCCCUCCACGUCCAUCAUCCAGCAGUCGAGCCCGUAUUUCACGCACCCGACGAUCCGCUACCACCACCACCACGGGCAGGACUCGCUGAAGGAGUUUGUGCAGUUCGUGUGCUCGGACGGCUCGGGCCAGGCCACCGGACAGCCCAACGGUAGCGGCCAGGGCAAAGUCCCGGGGUCAUUUUUGCUACCGCCGCCGCCUCCAGUGGCCAGACCUGUGCCCCUUCCUAUGCCUGAUUCCAAAUCCACCAGCACUGCCCCAGACGGCGCCGCCUUGACUCCUCCAUCACCUUCAUUCGCAACGACAGGCGCCUCCUCUGCCAACCGGUUUGUCAGCAUCGGACCCCGGGACGGCAACUUUCUGAACAUCCCACAGCAGUCUCAGUCCUGGUUCCUCUGAUAAGAUCGAC